AUGAGGAGAAGCGGCGCGACGACCAGCCGCGCCGCGCCGCGACACGACCGAGCCAGCCACACCCCCGAGGUCGUAAAGACGCGCGCUGGCGUCUCUCCCUCUUUCCCACCUCGUCUCUCACCCCCUGUCUGUGUGUAUGUGUGUCGCACUCGUCUCUCGUCACUCGUCACUCGUCACUCGUCACUCCUCGGUUCUGCCUCGUCGGCCCUGCCUCGUUCGUCGCCCGUCGACUCUUCCUACUCGUUCCAUCCUCCUCGUGUCCGCCUUCUUCUCUCCUCUUUCCCAUUCUCCGUUGGUCCCUAUUCGCCCGGCGCCCUACAACUGCAUGGACACACCAGUCUGUUCGUCUGUAUUCGCCUCCUGUCCUCUCCUUUAUGCCCACCCCCCUGCUCGUCGUUUCGACAACUCGUCCGGCCUACAGUCGCGUCUGGCGUCCGGACACGGGCCGGCGUGGUCCGACGCGCCUGUAGACAUGCCGGCCCCAGACCCUCGGGCCACAUGGUGACACACGCAGGCUGGCGGCAACAAGAGAUUCGUCAUGCAAGUGGCCUGCCAACCGCGUUUGCCAGCACAGGCCGGGGACCGAGUCGAGUUGCCGAGGCCAACCGCGCCUCCGGCCUCGCACCGGCCCACUUGACGACUCACUCGAGUCCACCGGACAACGUUUCAAGCCUACUUGCGACGCCUUGA